AGGCCCGCGCGGCGCGCCCCUCGCGUCGCCCCGACCCGGCUUCGCUCCGCUUUAGUCGAGUUCAGAGCGCGCAUCGGGAAGCAUCUUCGCGUCGCAUCACCAGCGCUUCCCGCCCGUUGGAUAACUUCAUUCCCCUCAAAGUUUUAGUGUUUUUAGUGCAGCAAAUCUGUGGAUAAGUGUGGAUAAUUUUUCGCAUUGAUGUACCAGAAGAAUAAAUUGAUGCUAGUGCGACAAGGUGUUUAAUUGUGUUUGGUACUGGUGUGGUGAUAUCACUACUUUCAAACUGUGUGAGUGUAUCAAAGUGUUGUGCAAGAAAGGAUAUAAAAGCCAGUGACUGCAGUUUUCUCGGAGUCUAAGAAAGGAUAAUGUUUUGCUGACAUCUGCCAUGUACCCAGCCCCUGGCAUGAACGCUGCAGCUGUUGCUGCCGCUGCUCGGCACCCUGGACCUCCGCAGCCGGGGCAGCCUUUCAAAUUCACAGUCGGAGAAUCAUGCGAUCGGAUAAAAGAAGAAUUCAACUUCCUACAAGCUCAAUAUCACAAUGUAAAAAUGGAAAUAGAAAAAAUAGCUCAAGAAAAAACGGAAAUGCAACGACAUUACGUUAUGUACUACGAGAUGUCCUACGGUCUCAACGUGGAAAUGCACAAACAGACUGAAAUAGCCAAGAGACUGAAUGCCAUUAUUGCACAAAUUAUUCCUUUCCUUGCUCAAGAGCACCAGCAACAAGUCGCCACGGCCGUCGAAAGGGCGAAACAGGUCACAAUGACAGAGCUCAACGCUAUUAUCGGACAACAACGCCCAGACCUGCCGCGACUAUUGCAACAAAUGCACGCGCAGCAGUUACCUCACACGGCGCACCCGCCACCACUGCCGAUGAUGCCUCACCCGGGCCUCCCGGGGCCCCCGGCCACGGCGGCCAGCCUCCUCGGCCUCUCCGGGGCCCUGCCCGGACCGGCAGCCCACCCCCUCAGCAUGCUCGCCGCCAAGUCCGAACUCCACCGCGAGGAGAAAGCGCCCAGCGGUCUCAACUCCGCGGACGAGCGACAUAGGAAUUCGAUAUCACCUGUUGAACGGGAAAAAUAUAGACCCCGGAGUUCUCCUGAAGUAGAGCAUAAAAAAGUUAAAAAAGAAGAAAAAGACUGCCAUGCCAGUGAUGGAGAGAAAAGUGAUCAAGACUUAGUGGUUGAUGAUGCUAGUGAGGAUCCUAUCUCUCCUCCUAAUGGCACUGCCUCUCCUAGAGAAAAUGGCAUAGACAAAAUAGUACCUAAGAAAGAACACAUAGGACCUCAUAGUCCAAGAAGUGGAACCAGCUCAAAUGCAAGCACACCAUCGGCAAAGAAAAUGGAGGAAAAACCAACAACCCCAAUUUCCAAAUCUGUAACCCCAACCAGCGGCGGAAGUGCAAGUAGCAUCGUCGGAGGACCCUCCUCAGCUCUGAAACCUCUUGUCAAACCCCCUGCUCUAUCGCAAUAUCCGCACUAUUUAGCAGGUGCUGCACCUCAUGAGUUACAAGCUGCCAGUGCAUAUGGAGCUUUGCACAAUAAUUUAGCACCAACUCUCAACAACUAUCCCAGACCUCCCUUAGUUGGUUAUGACCCUCAUUCAACGAUGAGAGCUCCCCUUGGACCAGCACUCAGUGGGAUUCCAGGAGGAAAGCCAGCCUAUUCUUUUUUUGUGAGCGCUGAAGGACAAAUGCAACCUGUUCCAUUUCCACCCGACGCAUUGAUUGGGCCGGGAAUCCCUCGCCAUGCAAGGCAGAUUAAUACAUUAUCGCACGGUGAGGUAGUCUGUGCUGUGACCAUUAGUAAUCCCACCAAAUAUGUUUACACGGGAGGCAAAGGCUGUGUCAAAGUGUGGGAUAUCAGCCAGCCUGGCUCGAAGACCCCUGUAUCUCAGUUAGACUGUUUGCAACGGGACAACUAUAUAAGAUCUGUCAAGCUGCUACCUGAUGGGCGGACAUUAAUUGUCGGUGGUGAAGCUAGUAAUUUAAGUAUAUGGGAUCUUGCGUCUCCGACACCUAGGAUCAAAGCAGAACUCACCUCUAGUGCUCCAGCCUGUUAUGCCUUAGCCAUUAGUCCAGACUCCAAGGUUUGCUUUAGUUGUUGUUCAGACGGCAACAUCGCCGUUUGGGAUCUCCACAAUGAAACGUUGGUGCGACAGUUUCAAGGUCACACUGACGGCGCUUCUUGCAUUGAUAUUUCUGCCGACGGCACAAAACUGUGGACGGGCGGUCUCGACAAUACUGUUCGAUCCUGGGAUCUGCGUGAGGGUCGGCAGUUGGAGCAGCAUGACUUUUCGUCUCAGAUAUUCUCAUUAGGAUAUUGUCCAACGGGCGAAUGGUUAGCGGUUGGUAUGGAGAAUAGCAAUGUUGAAGUCUUGCACGCCCACAAGGCAGACAAGUAUCAACUGCACCUGCACGAAUCUUGUGUUCUAUCUUUGCGCUUUGCGGCCUGUGGGAAAUGGUUUGUCUCCACAGGCAAAGACAACCUCCUCAAUGCAUGGCGAACGCCAUACGGUGCUUCAAUAUUCCAGUCGAAAGAAUCGUCUUCUGUGCUUAGUUGUGAUAUAUCUGCCGAUGACAAGUACAUAGUCACGGGUUCAGGUGACAAGAAAGCGACUGUCUAUGAAGUCAUCUACUGAUCUGGGAACAAAGUCCGACCAGAUUUUAUUCUGCAGUACAACAGCCAAUCCAAUCUCAGCUUUUAAUUUGCUUUUAAUUAUUUUUACUUGAUUUUACCACCUGUUUUAUUGAAUGUUCCUUGCAAUUGGACUCUGGCAGUGCAGAUUUGGUUUUCAUUUUAGAAAAUACUAAUUUUCCCAUUCCUUUGAUAUACCUCCCGACAAGGCAGGUCUAAAAAUUGGCUUUUGAUCUUGUUCGGAAUGGUUCGUUAAAAAAAAAAAAAAAAAAAAAAAAAAAAAAAAAAAAAAAAAAAGAGCGAAUCUGAGAAACCAUUUCCAACUGCACUGUUGGAGGACAGUUGUCAUUGGUUUCUCUCUAGUCUGUGUUCUCUUCUCCUGUCCUCACUGAAUUCGGUGAGCUGAUUCAAGAGACAAAUUGUGAACAUUUCAAUAAUUUUAUUGGGGCUUGAAAGUGAUGUGGAUCGUUACAGAAAGCCUAUUUUUACGUCCUCUUUUCCAGUGUUAUUUUUUUUUUUUUUUGUGAAUAAUUUUUUCUCUCGUUUUUAAUGGGAGCUGUUGUUAACUUUUGUCCUGUAAGCUGUAUCUAUCGUUACAUUAUGAGAACUAGAAUAUGAGCAUACCUAUGACGAAAGUUUCCAAGAGCCGCUUCUUUUAGAAGGCAAGUUACGUAUGUAUUGACACCCACUCUUUUAAUUCUCUGAUUUGUCAUCGUCAAGAGCUGAUUGCUCUUUCUUGUGAUAACCACUAGGAUUGAAUUUACCGCAGAUGAUGUACCUAAGCUCGUGAAUACUUUAUUUUCGCCCAAUGUAAAUUUUCACUCUGCAUUUCUUCUUUUUUUCUUCGAAUCGAGUUUUGAAUGUCAACAUUAUGAGUAAAAGACAGCUAAGCAGAGUCUGAAUUUUAGCAUCAUAUUCUAAUAAUCCUCUCCAAAAUUUGCAUAGGGAACAAUACAAGCGACAAAAUUUUUCGGAUCUAACGCCCAAGCAAGGUAUCCAUUUUCAUGUCAGUAAAUUAAAACAUGUAUCUCACUCUUGAAAGAACCAAAAUCCACUUGAGCUAAAUCAAACAUUAAGUAAAUUUUGGCAUGUUUCACAGUCCUUGAGAUUUCUGGUUGGAAUGUGUCAAUUUUCUCUCAAUAUAUUUGUAUUCUAAUUUUUCAUCCAACAGGAAAGGUUUCUUAAAUUGAAUACGCAAGUACUUCUUCACAGUUUUUUUAACCUAAGUAGAUUUUGAGUUUUCUUGUGAAUUGAACCUUUGAAGAUUCUGAAAUGAAGUCUACCCAGAAACAUUAGUAUUUAGUUUAAGGGUUGAUUUACAAUAAUACCACUGCAUGGGCAUGGAUCAAAUCGCUCCCUAGAAACAUUUGAUAAAUAGUAUUUAAUGUUUAAAAUGUAACAUAUUGCUGGAAUUCAAACCCUGUCUUGUGGUUUAUUUAGCUGCAAUUGAGGGAUAUUUGGACUUCAAUUUCCAAUUCAGAACUACAAUUUCUGGCUCAUCCAUAAAAACACUAAAGUACCUACCCAGGGAAACUAAUGAUCUAUACUUACAUUAUUUCUAAACCAGGCCAGUUCUGAAUUGCAAAAUGUAGUCCAUUUCUUUCUCUUCCUCUCAAGAUGAGUUGAGUCAUCUGCUGAAUUCAUGUUGUUUUGAUUAAAAUGUAGUAGUCCUCAAAUUCUAAGCCAUUGAUUGGUGAAGAACACUUUUCGAAGUGCUGAGAAGUCAUCUGUACCUGUUUCUUUGUUGAAUAUUGGAUGGAAUGAGCCAGAAUCAGCCUUACUCUAUCAGACGUUGCCUAAUUUCCUCCCUUGUUUUAUUCUUUCAACAGUUAAUCAAGUAAUUUUCUAAAUUGAAAUUAUGAAAGUUUAUUCUUGAUGAUCUAGAGUAAAUUAGGCCACCUGAAAUACAGUUAGGCUAAUUAUGGUUGAAGUAUCCAAAUGAGAGUAAUUGGCAAUUUUCUUGCUUGCUUUUAUGUAUUAUGAAAAUGAUCACGUGGGAAUGAAUUUUUUUAAAUAAUGAUGACAAAUUGAUUGGAGGUGAUUGUGUACGAGCAUUUUUUUUUCCUGUUGCGCCUAGCAAUACAAUCAACCAGGAGGGCAACUGAAAACUGUCAAAUGACCUUUAGAACAAUAUUCAUGGUGCUGUCUAUUGGGCAAUCAGACGAUAACAAUCAAAAAAAUCGCCUAUCAAGGAACUGUGCUGGUGAACUCGUCUAUACUCGACUGUUCCAGAAUGGAGUGACAAGUAUAUGAUCUCAUAGAUGCACACGUAUGAGUUAAGAAAGGGUUAACAUCAUAUUAAAAAUGAUCAUUCCGUGCAUUGCGGAUGAGGCAUCUGUAAACAAAAAAUUGUUGAGGAGGCAGGUCUAAGAUUUUUUACAGGAAUUUCAAAUAUUGAAUUUUUUGGAAUUCUCUUUCGGUUUUGUCGAGGCUCAUUUGAAAAAGAUAACUGAAAUGUCUGAAAUUCAACAACAAUAAGAGGGAUCAUCGGCUUUUCAUUCUAUUUCCAAAACGUAUAAUUAUGUAUUACCUAAUCCCAGAUUUUACCUUGUUGGGUCCAGUGUGUUAUUCCAGCGUCAGUACACUUUUUUUUUUUUACAGACGUUAUAUCAGUUUAAUUUUAAAAGUGUUCGUUAAUAAGGAAGUUCUAUGUGAAAACUACCUUUAUCAACAACAAAAAUAUAAAUGCCUGAAAACUAAGCAAAAUAAAUUGUUUUCUUCUUGCUAAAAGAAAUUAAUCUUAUUUCUUGAUUUUUAACCUUAUAAAUAUUUACUUCAAAGGGACCAGUUUAACUGGAAUCUGCGUAACUACAUCAGAUAUUGCCUAAUUUUCUCUGAUGUUCUUUCUUAACGUAUGAAAAUAAGCAAUGGUGAAAUUUUGUCAGUAUAUUUUUCAUAAUCUAGGGUAAAUUUACGUAAAAUUUAAAAAUUUUAAGUAGUUCAGUUCUUAAUUGAAAAAAUAUGAGAGAAAGUUAGGCCACAUGAAAUGCAUGUAUGAUGAAUCCAGCUAUUUUAUGAAGAGAAAACUUAAUCAUCGUCACUAACUGUGAUUUUCUGUGGCUCCUCUUGGUCCCAUCAUGAAUAUUUUUCAAAAAUUAAAGACAGUAAUAUUAAAUGCUUUAUUCUUGAAGAAAAAAUUAUAUGAGAGUAGAAACUUUUGAAUGUCGCAAUCGAGAUACUUGGUUGAUUGUUGUUAGUAUUUAUUUCAGCAAAUUCUAUGAAAGCCAUCGAAAGGUCAUCAAAUGUCUGUACACCCUCUUUCUGUUUCCUUUCCUAGUUAAAUAUUUCAAAUCUGCAAGCUGGUUGGCAUAGUUGUAACGUUUUCUUUGUAUAAUUUUAUUGAUGCCUCUCAAUUGUUUCUCUGUGCUUUCUUGUAGCUGCAUCAUUCUCAGCUUGAGCAUUUUGUUGUCUGAAUUUUUGGACUCUUUCUUUUUAUUUAUGAUUUGUGAUCCUGGAGUAAAAUGUCUCAAUGUGUCUUGUCUCAUUUCCUCCAAUGCACGAUGCAAUUUAUGAUAAAGUUUAAGUUUGUACUGCUGAAGCUCAAACUCAGAAUGAAAUGGCCACUUCAAAUUACAAUUGUUGUGCAUUACUUUUAAGCACUGGGUACGUACCUAACUACAUAAGUUCGUAAAUUGACAAGUAAAAGGUAAAGUAACAGAUCGUUUUUCUUUCUUUCUUUCUUUUUAUUGAUCUGUAAAUUUAGAUUAUGCAAUGGUUUGUGUUCCCAAAUUGCAAAUUAGUCAUUAGUUGAUGACUAUUUUGUUUAUAAAUCAAUUGUACAGCUGUUGUAGUAAAUAUUGUAAAUUUUUAUGGGAAACCAGUAAAUAUUUAAUACACAAUUCCUCAAUUGUGAAAUAAUAAUAAACAUUUUUAUUACUAA